AUGGCAUCUACAGUCUCCUCUACUGGCCAAGCUGCCUCAAAGAAAACCCCUGCCGUCGACCCGGCUCCCCGUAUGUCUCCCUCCAGCUCUACUAGUUCCGACGUAUCUAUGGCCCGCUCCAUCUCGCCCCCUCCCACCCUCAACAUCCCCAGCGACACUCAAAUCUCCGCUACGCCCGCCGGCCUCUACACGCAGCCCGACGGCCCAGGCCUUUCCACCCAGGCCCGCCUCUACAAUGCAGAGGCACCUGCACUCGCCUUCAACCUUGCGGCCGAGGCCGCGCUUCUGCCUCAUGGCCCCCUCCCCUCUGCCUCACCUGCCCCGCCUGUCUCCGGACUCGGCGAACUGGACUGGUACUUCCGGUCCCUCAGUGCCCACUUUACCCCCCUCUCUCAGCCCGCUCCGGACUCCCCGCUCCCGGCGUCUGUCCCGUCUUUCCGUCACCCCGCUAUUCUCAGCGCUCGCUUCCUGGCCGCUAUGGCCAAACUCAACGCUCAACCCAAAUCCCAACGCCCCCCGGAAGAAAAAGCCCGUCUGGGGGACAUCCUUCAAGCCUUCCUCGAUGACGGCUUUUCCACCGCGUCCCGCAAAGCCGCAAACGCGGCCUACGCGUCCCACGUCCCCCGGGUAGCUGACGCCCUUGAAGUCUACCCGUUCCACCUCGAAUGCAUCUUCGACUCUCAUCCCUCCAUCAUCAACACGGCGAUCCGCAUCGUCUCCUGGGAUCCGCCUGCCGCUCCGGCGCCCCAGGCCACCUCUUUCUCAACGCGCGAAGGUCAAGGCGUCCUCGACCUCAUCAACAACCUUCCCCCAGCCACUAUCCACACCACACCCCCAUCCCGCUCCCCCUCUCCCAUGCCUGGCGUUACCCACCCCGGCCUCCCCGGCUCUAUCCAUUCUCCUCAUAACUGCCCCCCUACUCCCACCCCAGCCGCCCCAACCUUUGAUGCGUCCGCCCCUCCUCAUUAUCCCACUCCUCCUCCCAAAAAAGCUCCCUCCCUGCCGCGAGGCGUCCGCUCGCGCAGCCGCCAAACAGACAGCCGCCUCACCCCCGCCCCCGCUCCCUCGGCCCGGCCUGCCCCAGCUCCCGCCUCGGCCCCGGUGCCAGCCCCCACCGGCGCCCCAACCACUGCUACGCCGCCCACCCCGAGCAUUCCCGCUUCCCAAGUCCCUACCCCCGCCCCCGUCCAGCCUACUGUUCCACCUGCCCCGUGGUCGACCAUGGCUGCCAAACGCCCGGCCACUGGAUGGUCCUCAUCACCCUCCAUCCGCAUCAACGAGGUCAUCAACGAGAAGAUCUCCACCCUCCCCUCCGGACACGCCAAAGCCCGCUACUUCCGCCUCCCCGCGGCCAUCCCGGAACACCAACAUCCGUCGACGGUCGCCAUCACUGACGCACUCAACCAGUCCAACUUCCGCAUCGUCUCCGCCUCAUGGAACAUGACGGGCCGGAACCUUGUCGUUUUCCCUUCUUCUCUCCUGUCCACUGAUGACGCUCACAGGCUCGACACCUGCGUCUCCACUAUCCUCUCUGUCCCGGUCACCAGCACGUCGUACGUAUACUACUCUUCCCUCUCCAUCUCCCAACUCCCCUCUGUCCGUUACCGAGUCGGCGGGGCCUCUGAGCCUGUCGACCCGGUCGCUUACCUCCUCGCAGCUGCCCAACGCUCCCCGUCUCCGGCCUGGCGUGCCCUUACCAUGGACCUAGUCCUGGCGGCCCGCUGGAACCCCUCUCCCUCGCCCGACAGCGCGACCCUCUAUGUCGACAUUCGGGAAGACUCUCCCGCCUUCGCGCGCCUCCGUGCCCUUCACAACGGCACCCUCGUCUUCGACCUCGGGGCUGGUUCCCGUAUUGCUGUCGCGUGUCCCGUGCGCCGCGGCAUCCUCGCAUGCACCAACUGCCAAGCCCUCGGCCACCCCGCCAGCACCUGCCGGUCCCCUCCCAAAAUCCCGCUGUCGCCCGCCAGAUGGGCCUCCCCAUUCCGUGCACUGCGUGUGGAACCUCCCACCUCUACGGCCGUCACCGCCCAGGCGCCGUGGACAACUCUCCCUUCUGCCGUGCGUGCGGCUGCCGCCAUCCCUUUGGCAACCACACACGUCCCCGCCCUCUUCCCGGCGCCACCCCCAUGCGUGCACCGGCCGUCUCCCACUGCCGCCGCUGCAACACGGCCCACCCAUACGGUGUCCACGUCCUCACAGCCACCGCUCCCCACCCACCGGCUCCCGCCCCAGCCCAGCCCUCGCGUCCCGCCGCCAACCCUCCGCCCGGGCUUGGGCUGGCCGGUUUCUAAAUGA